CCGGGGUAUAAUGAUCCCUCGGGGUAAAAUGGUUCCUCCCAUUUUAAAGGUUUCCACUAACACCAUCUACCAACUUGACACAUAAUUACAAACUGAUUUACAGGCGCAUUGCCGGACAAAUGUAAUUUGUUAGUUCGAAUAACGUACAACGAAGGGAAGCAGCCAUUUUUGUUUUAGCAGUUGUUGAUGUAAGAAUGCCUCGCACUUAUCACCGCAAAAGUAAUCGCCAAAAUUGGAAUGCAGAACACAUGGACACUGCAUUACAAGAAGUAUUACAUAAUGGGAUGCCCUUUAAAACCGCAGCACGAAUAUUUGGGGUCCCUUUGAUGUCUCUGAAGCGUAGAGCUAAGAACAAGAAUGUGAUUGCGAAGGAUUCUAUUAAACACCUUGGCGGCAAGACUACAACGUUUACAAAUGAUCAAGAAAACGAGCUGAUACGUCACAUUCUUGAUUUAGAAAGCAGGAUGUAUGGUCUGACUACAACAGAUUUGCGGCGUUUGGCAUUUCAACUUGCAGAAAAAAAUCAUAUCCCUCACCACUUUUCGCGCGAAAAGCAGAUAGCAGGAUACGAUUGGCUAGCUGGAUUUACAAAAAGACAUCCUGAGAUUGCCUUGAGAAAUCCAGAAGCAACCUCUGCAGCUCGGGCAAGAGGUUUCAAUAAGCAAGUUGUAACGAAAUUUUUCGAAUUGUUGAAGAAUAUUAUUGAAAAACACAAUUUCCCUCCUCACAAGAUUUAUAACGUCGAUGAGACAUCGGUAUCAACUGUCCCCGGAAAAAAUUCAAAAAUUUUCGCAAAAAGGGGUCGAAAACAAGUAGCUCGUGUUACGUCUGCUGAGAGAGGAGUAUCGGCAACUGCAGUAAUUUGUACUUCGGCAGGGGGAGUUUUCGUGCCUCCCAUGUUUAUUUUUAGUAGAAAACGUAUGAAAUUAGAGUUAAUGGACGGCACUCCGCCAGGCAGUAUAUUUGGAUGCAACGAGAGUGGCUGGAUGAAGCUUGACAUGUUUGAACGGUGGUUUGAUCACUUUUUAAAUUUCACCAAACCUUCAAAAGAGGAGCCUGUGCUUUUGAUCUUAGACGGGCAUUUGUCCCACACCAAAAACUUAAAUGUGGUAACAAAGGCAAGGGAAAAUAGUGUUUGUAUUUUAUGCCUACCACCACAUACAACGCACAAACUCCAACCGUUGGAUGUUGGGGUAAUGUACCCGUUAAGUCGAUAUAUGGAUCAGUCUUUAGAGAAGUGGAUGAACAACAACCCAGGUCGAACAGUAACAGUGUUCCAAAUAGGAAAAAUUUUUUCAGAAGCAUAUCUGAAAGCUGCAAUGCCCAGUAAUGCAAUUAAUGCUUUCAAGAAGACAGGAAUAGUGCCCUACGACCCCGAUGUUUUUAUAGAUGCGGAUUUCGUUGCUGCAGAUGUUACUGAUCAACGCUACGAUGAAGUUGCUGAAAGAAGUUCUCCUAGUUCUGUUCUAAAUGAGGUGCCACAUAACUCUCCUGCCAGAGAAACAGUAAACCACGGUGACUCGUUGGAAAAAUCGCCUCUUCCAGGUCCAAGUAACCAAUUAGAUUCCCCUAUUCCAGAUGAGGUCAGAGAAAGUUCAUUCAUUAUGGCACCAACGGUCUGUCAUCCACUCCCUAAAAUAAAAGGAAAGCGACAAGUUCGCCAAAGAAAAUCAGUAGGUACGGUGUUGCUUACAAGCACGCCCUAUAAAAAUAUGCUUGAGGAAGAAAAACUGAAGAAAGAUGAGGCAGAAGAAAAGAAAAAACAAAAUAAAAAACCAAAGCUGGCUAACAAAGAAAAUGUUAAUCCCAAACAACGGACAAAGAAGAAAGAAAAGGUCAAUGAAAUAAGUAGCGACAGUGAUGCAUCCGAUGCUGAAUGCAUUUUUUGUUGUGAAACCUACACCAAUGCCAAGGAUGGAGAAGGAUGGAUUAAGUGCAGCAAAUGUUUAAGAUGGGCCCACGAUGCAUGUGCAGGGGUGGAAGAGGACGAAGACCAUUUCACGUGUGAUUUAUGCCAAUCAUGUACAAGUGUCAAGUACAAAAGGCAGUUAUUUUAAUUACGUUUACGUUUUUCCUUUUAAAUACUUUACAGAAUUUCAUGUUUUUUUUGUUUUACUUAAUGUAGUUGUGUUACUUUGUUUAAAAAAUAAAUAAAUAUAUAUAUAUAGAGGGGGGAUCAUUUUUACCCAUG